AGCCUUGGAAGCCACAAUUAAGCGGCUCUGGGAUAAAACACACUGGCUGCAAGAGGACUGGGGCAUUGCUUCAAGAGAUGGCAAGGCAGCUGGCUGCAUCCCUCCUUCCCGGAGUCCUCCUCCUCCUCGCCAUCCUCCCAGCUUCUCGGCAAGGAGGGGUGCCUGGUGCUGGAGGGGGAGUUCCGGCUCUAGGAUAUUACCCAGGAGCUGCUGGGGUUGGAGGCCUGGGAGCAGGAGGCCUAGGGGUUGGAGCUGGACUUGGGGGUGCAGGGCUCGGUGUUGGAGCAAAACCUCCCAAGCCAGGCCUCGGGGGACUCGGCACACUUGGCCUGCAGCCAGGUGGCGUAGUCCAGCCAGGUUUCUACCCAGGAGGCGUCUACCCAGGUGGCAUCUACCCAGGGGCUGGGCUGGGAGCCUAUAAAGCUGCUGCCAAAGCUGGUGCUGGAGUGCCCCAGACUGGGGUGCAGCCAGGAGUAGGCGCUGGAGGGAAACCUGCCAAGGUACCAGGUAUUGGCAUUCCAGGGGUGUACCCGGGUGGCGUGCUCCCAGGAACAGGGGUCCGUUACCCUGGCAUAGGCGUCCUGCCUGGUGUGCCCACUGGGACUGGAGUCAAGGCAAAAGCCCCAGGAGGAGUAGGAGCCCUUGCAGGAAUUCCCGGAUUCGGAGGCUUCGGGGGCCAGCAGCCCGGCGUCCCUCUGGGAUAUCCCAUCAAAGCCCCCAAGCUCCCGGGUGGCUAUGGGCUGCCCUACAGCACUGGAAAGCUGCCUUACGGGUACGGACCAGGCGGGCUAGGUGUUGGUGCUGCGGGAAAGGCAGGAUACCCCACGGGGACAGGAGUUGGAGCUCAGGUAGCAGCAGCUAAAGCAGCAGCUAAAUAUGGUGCUGGCGUCGUGCCUGGUGCUGCUGGCAUCCCCGGAGUCGGAGGUCUCGGAGGCCUGGUGCCCGGAGUUGGGGGUCUCCCUGGAGUUGCAGGUGUCCCAGGGGUUGCAGGAGCUGGAAGCCCAGCGGCGGCAGCAGCGGCAGCAGCAGCAAAAGCAGCCAAGUACGGAGCGGGUGGUGUUGGAGGCCUGGUGCCCGGUGUUGGCGGUGUCCCUGGCGUGGUGCCCGGUGUUGGCGGUGUCCCUGGCGUGGUGCCCGGUGUCGGCGGUGUCCCAGGAGUUGGAGCUGGACUUCCAGCAGGAGCGGCAGCAGCAGCAGCAGCAAAAGCCGCCAAGUACGGAGCGGGUGGUGUUGGAGGCCUGGUGCCCGGUGUCGGCGGUGUCCCUGGCGUGGUGCCCGGUGUCGGCGGUGUCCCUGGCGUGGUGCCCGGUGUUGGCGGUGUCCCUGGCGUGGUGCCCGGUGUCGGCGGUGUCCCAGGAGUUGGAGCUGGACUUCCAGCAGGAGCGGCAGCAGCAGCAGCAGCAAAAGCCGCCAAGUACGGAGCGGGUGGUGUUGGAGGCCUGGUGCCCGGUGUCGGCGGUGUCCCUGGCGUGGUGCCCGGUGUUGGCGGUGUCCCUGGCGUGGUGCCCGGUGUCGGCGGUGUCCCAGGAGUUGGAGCUGGACUUCCAGCAGGAGCGGCAGCAGCAGCAGCAGCAAAAGCCGCCAAGUACGGAGCGGGUGGUGUUGGAGGCCUGGUGCCCGGUGUCGGCGGUGUCCCUGGCGUGGUGCCCGGUGUUGGCGGUGUCCCUGGCGUGGUGCCCGGUGUCGGCGGUGUCCCAGGAGUUGGAGCUGGACUUCCAGCAGGAGCGGCAGCAGCAGCAGCAGCAAAAGCCGCCAAGUACGGAGCGGGUGGUGUUGGAGGCCUGGUGCCCGGUGUCGGCGGUGUCCCUGGCGUGGUGCCCGGUGUUGGCGGUGUCCCUGGCGUGGUGCCCGGUGUCGGCGGUGUCCCAGGAGUUGGAGCUGGACUUCCAGCAGGAGCGGCAGCAGCAGCAGCAGCAAAAGCUGCCAAGUACGGAGCGGGUGGUGUUGGAGGCCUGGUGCCCGGUGUUGGCGGUGUCCCUGGCGUGGUGCCCGGUGUUGGCGGUGUCCCUGGCGUGGUUCCUGGUGUCGGCGGUUUCCCAGGAGUUGGAGCUAUAAGCCCGGCAGCAGCGGCAGCAGCGAAAGCAGCAGCGAAAGCAGCAGCAUAUGGGGCUGGACGCGUACCAGGUGUGGCACCCGGAGUUGGAGGCUUGGUGCCUGGCAUUGGUGGGGGUCUGGUGCCCGGCGUUGGUGGGGGUCUGGUGCCUGGUGUUGGUGGAGCCCUGGUGCCCGGCGUUGGAGGAGUCGUCAGUCCAGCAGCAGCAGCCAAAGCAGCGGCUAAAGCAGCCAAGUACGGAGCUGGCGGUGUUGGAGGCCUAGUGCCCGGUGGAGUCGGAGGCCUAGUGCCCGGUGGAGUCGGAGGCCUGGUGCCCGGUGGUGUCGGAGGCCUGGUGCCCGGUGGUGUCGGAGGCCUGGUGCCCGGUGGUGUCGGAGGCAUCCCAGGACUCCUCAGUCCCGCAGCAGCAGCCAAAGCAGCUGCAAAAGCAGCCAAGUACGGUGCUGGUGUCGCACCUGGAGUCGGCGGGGUGCCAGGCUUAGUGCCUGGGGCCGGUAGGGUGCCAGUCGCAACGCCGGGGGCUGGUGGGGUGCCAGUUGUAACGCCGGGGACUGGGGGCUUUGUGCCCGGUGCGGGAAGAGUGCCAGGCACAGGCAUUGUUCCUGGAGUAGGGAUUCCCCAGCUGGGCGUGCAGCCAGGCGCCAAGCCUCCCAAGUACGGGUUCGGUGUUGGGGGCCUGCAGCCAGGGGCUGGAGUUCCUGGCUUCGGUUUGUCUCCCAUUUACCCAGGUGGACUCGCUGGCCAGCUGGGAUACGGCGGAAAACCUCUCAAGACGUAUGGUGGGGCCCUGGGAGCCCUGGGAUACAGAGGUGGCGUGGGCUGUGCGCAAGGGAAGUACUGUGGCAGGAAGCGGAAGUAACCCAGCCAGGCUGCUACCAUUAACCUCAUGAACUUUGGUGCUACUGCAUGGUCUAGAAUGUAAACCCUGAGUAAAGCAGUGAUCCCGCCCCCCUCCCCCGCUCCCCCGCCGGCCCCCCGGAGGGAAUUCCACGGCCCCUGACGCCCCCUUCGCUCCGGCCCGGGGGUCCCCACCCUCUCUCCAGCGGGAAGCACAGAACAAACUGCGGGAAACGCCGUUCCCACUGGUGCUAAAGCUCCCUGCGGGGAGAGCCGGGCAGGCCUCCGUGGGGCGGGGGCUUCUCUGGGCAGGGCAGGACAGGACCCUCCCCGGGGGCCCUGGGGGAGGAAGAGAUGGGGGCUGGUUUCCAAGAGAACAGCGAGGGGCUGGGCUCCACCUGCCGCCAGCACAUGGGCGAAUGGCCCGUCAGCAGCGCCCAGCCCCAGCACAUCCCAGCUGCUCCCAAGACUCCGUCCAGCUGGCAUUGGUGCCAUGUGCCAGGGACUUCUUAGCAGCUAGCCAGCCUUGUGUCUGUCAGCCCCCUCCAUGCCUGCCCGCCCCAGGGCCCACGCUGCAGGGUGCCAUGGGAUGGGGUUCGUGGGCUCCAUGCAGGCGGGCAGGGGAAUGCCUCCUGCUCAGACACUCAUGCCAGUGGGGCCAGUAGGGGCUCGUGGGUGGGUUAAAUUCACCCAGAGUUCUUUGCGGCAGGGCCAUCUGAUUGGCUGACCCAUCCUUGCACUGGAGGACACAGCCCUCCCGGUGCGUGGGGAGGGGUUGGCACUAUCAGCAGAGCCAAGUCACUAACACUGAUGGGAUUAGCCAUGCGCCCGCCCUCACUCAGCAGUACUGUACGGGCAGCCAGCGCCAGCCCAGCCCUGCCGUGUCUCCGAGGCCCCGCUGGGACCUGCCCUUCCUCUUGCCCUGGAGGCCCGUGUGUUCCUGAGAGCUGUCGGCCGGAAGGAAUCGCACCUCUCCAUGUUACUCACUUGGUAUAGCUCGGGUGGGACAUGUUAUAAAGAGGGAAAGUAACUGCUUCCAAACGACUAAUAAACAAUGACUUCUAAAGGA